AUGGAUGUUUGCAUCGUGGAGUUGAGGAUGGCAGCAGAAAUAUCGCAUAGGUUUGAAAAAAAGAGCUUUUUAAAUUUUCGAAGAUGAGCUUGAAAAAAGUCUUAGUGCUGGCCGAGUUAUGAAGUAUCUUUAGAAAUUAGGAGAGGGAAAUAUUUAGUAACGUUUUAUUUAUUUUUUGCUUCGUUUUUUUUUGUUUUUAAGAUUUUAGUUUGAUUCAUCUGCAUUUAGCGAGAGGGAAAUGAAAAAUUCAUUGAAAAAAAGGCCGUUUUUUACUUCUCCAAAAUCAAUACAUCAAGUCCAAACAUUUUAUUUCAGUAUCAGUCUUUAAAUGUUGAUAAAAAAAAUUUGGCUGUUUUCAGCCGAAUAGGACCAACCAUGAGCGAUUUCGAGGUGCGCGUCGAAAAACGGCCAAAAGCUGCGAAAAAUUUCGACGGUCCUCAGCAGGUAUGGACCGACCUGUUCCGGCUGACGCAGCCUUUCAGGACUACAACAUCGUGAAACGGACGACCGUCGGAGGCCACGGGGUGAAAGAUGACGUCAUAACGUUGCCAAUCACGUCAUUCGAUCCCUCGUUGGUGGAGGAUUCGACGACGAGACGCCUCGGGUAAGGGAAUGGUUGACGCGUUGCGGUUCUCACGCGGUUCAGGCAGCGAGUGCAGUCGCAGGGUGUCCGCGUCGAGGAACUCGUCCACAACUACUUCCACAUUCGCAAGGGGUGCGCUCUUCGGAAUGGCUUGGCAACAAGACAUUCCAGAAUCAGAGAUGUGAAUCGAGAACUUUUCAGAAAGCAAAUCCGAAGGGCGAUAGUUGUCCCAACAGAGACGUUGGACAAUAACGCGCCGAGCUCUUCGAAAUCCUUGAUGGGAAUGGCUCUGGUCUGCGUUCCGACCCUGCAGCAUGGUUAUUAGCUGAUCCACGGCUAGCUUGGGACGCAAAAAGGCGUGGCCUGUCUGAGAUUUCCAUCAUCCAGGCACUGUCUCCUUUUUAUCGUGUCAGGUCCCGUUUUUCGAUGGCUCAAGCCAGCCGUGAAUCAGCUAUAACUUGUUAUUUCAUUUUCUCGGAUCUGUUUUGAAAAUUGAUUAAUUUUUUUGGAAAUAUUUUGAAUCAUUCUCGAAACGGAAUGAGUAUUUAUAAGUCUAAUUUCAUGUGCAACCUCGAUCGAAGUAGGUCCAACUCAGUUAAUAAAAAAAGAAAUUCAGAUGCAGUCGAUGGCGAAAUAUCACGUUUCGAAAGCCUUCAAAGGCUGAUUCAGAAAAGUGAACGUGAGUCGGAAACGAUCGACCCGAACACGAUCCAAUUUCUGUGGAUUCUUCAAAAGUUUGUAUUAAGAUUUGGAUUAAAAAAAUAACUAUAGCUAUAGAUUAUUUUUUUAAAAGCUAGUCAAAGAUUUUCGGCUCAAAAAGGUCCAAAGAAGGGUGGAUGAUGGCCGCUCAAAGAGGGUCAAAAAAAGGCCGCAGAAAGGCAGCAAAAAGGGUCUUUUCAUCAGCCUUCCGUUUUUAUUAUAUUUGAAAGGCUCCAGGAAUGGUAGAAAAGGGAAGAGGCAGCAAAAAGGGUGCAAAAGAGCCGAUAAAAUGGCCCAAAAAGGCAGCAAAAAAGGAACAUUUCUAUGGAGCCGUUUUUCGCCUUUUCCGACUUUGCCUAUAAUCUAAAUGACUUUCAGUUGGCUGGUGGCUGGGAUGAAAAAUAAAAACUUUAUUCCAAUGCUUUUCCAUCGACCGCCGGCCAGGGGAAGAAUCUUACUUUGUGCUCACAAUCCCGCCUAUUUCCAGCAGGAAUCUCAAUGUUAUCGGUAAAAAAUUGAUUUUUUUUGGCUGAAUUUCAAGAGGAAUUAAUGAACUUGAAAAACUUACAGAAAUGUCUCCUUGAGUGUGAGGAGCAACCUUUCUUCCGAGUCGGCUGAUCUUGAAGAAAAAAAGUUCGAACUUUUUCAAUUUUAAUGAUUUUUUUAAAAAACAUUAUUUUUCUUUUCCUAGGUGCACAAGCGAAACUUCAUGUGGCUCAUGGUGCUUCGAUAUGAGAAAUUCUUUCUGUCAGUGAUGAAUCCGUCGUAUAAUCAAGUCGAUAUCGAAGACGAUACAGUUUUUUUUAUUUCAUUAGCCGGAAAAAUCAUGUUUUUUCAGAGUCGAUUAUAUUUCUACAAAGGAAUGAAGCGAGUUGAGACGAAAGGCCGCGGAAUGAGCGCCGGAUCUUCUUCUGUCAACAUGACACCGAGAUUUCCUCUCCACAAAGCGGCCGAAGACGAUGAUAUUCUCAAAAUGCAGUUAGUGGAAUCGGAAAGAGAAAAAAAGGAUAUUUCACUCUCAGACAACUCCUUCACGACGGCUACGAUCCGAACGAGCGCGACGACCAGAACUGGACGCCGUUGCACCACGCGUGCUUCCAUGGACGUCAGGAAGCCAUCAACAUGCUCGUCAAGUCGCCGCUGUUCACCAUGGUCAACGCCCAGAACAACGGCGGCGCCACCCCGCUGCAUUACGCUGUCAUCCAUGGGAACGUUCACAUCAUCGAAUUCCUCACUUCUCAUGCUUCUAUUGACGUCGUCAGUUGAUUUAUGAUUUGAAACGUAGAUUCGAGCAAUUUCUGCAAACUUUUAGCAGCGCCUAAAAUUUUUCAAGCAGCGUCCACAAUUUUUUAAGCAGCGCCUAAAAUGUUUUAAGCAGCCACGCCUGUUUAAGGUGGCCGGUCGUCUUACGGUAGUUUGGAUAGGUUUUUCAAUAAUAAAAUGAAAUCUAGUUUAUUUUUUGUGACGUAACUUACCUUGUAAUCUCGAGAAUUGGUCCUUAACAAAUUGCAAAAAAGAAAGAAAAUUUAAAAAAAGUUUCCUGGCUCCGAAACUGACGGCGCAAUAUUGACCGGCGACCGGCCGCCGUAGUACUGUCUCAAACAUGCGUGCAGCGCCCACAGUUUUUGGGUGGUAUGAAAAAAAGUCCAGCGAAAAUUCAAACGGUGACUUUUCCGAUUUUUUCAUAUCUCCAGAAAACUUUCCGACGGCCACCUUUCCGACGAAAUUUUUUCCGACUUUUAUUCUCAAUAAACUCUUCGUUUUAAAUUCUUCCUAUGUAAGGUAGGCAAGUUAUUCAUGUUUGAAACUCAAAGAAAUGAAAAAAAUGUUAAUAGAUGUUUUAUAAACCGAAAAAAAUAUAAAGAAAAAAAGUCGGCGGAAAGGUGGCCGUCGGAAAGUUCCCUAGCGAUACGAAAAAAUCGGAAAAGUCGCCGUUCGCAUUUUCGCUAGUCUUUUUUUCAUACCACUAAUUUUUGGGCAGUUUUUUAAAGCAGCGCUUACAAUUUUUUAAGUAGCGCCCACAAAAUGAUUUUUGAAAACAAAACAAAUUUUUUUUUUACAUGAUUAGUUCUCUUUUUUUCCAAUUGCAAAAAAAAAAGGUUGACGCCUUUUCUUCCACGACUUUAGGCGUAUCAAGCGAUAAGCGCCUUUUAUGACACGAUAAGUUUUGCAGCGAAAUUUUCAUGUUUUUUUCCAGAGAGUUACUGAACACUCUGAGAAAAUUUCUUUAUCAACCAAAUGUACAAAGAUUACGAGACUAAAAUGAUAAGAGGAAUUUUUUGGCGAUUGAAACCUUCUCUUUGAUCAGCUUGGCGACGCCCAUAGUUAUUUAUAGAAGUAUAUUCAAAAGAUUAGACCUUGUCUUGAUGGGGUUUAAAAAAAAACUAGAGUUGGGUUUUUGGAAAAUAUUUUUUAUGAAACCAUAAAAUUUUUCAGAUGCCAUAGUUCAGUGAUUUUUGAGACAUAACCUGAGCAAAAGUUCUAAGAAAAUUUUGCAUUCGAAUUAUAUUGAUAAACUGCAGAAUAUUGUCGACAACAGCGGAAUGAAACCAAUCGAUUACUGCAAUGACAACACAAUCAAGCAAUUUCUACUCAACGGCAUUUAUAAGUCAAAAAUAAUUGUGAUAGACAGUUUUUAAUCGAAUAAUUUAGUUUGAAAUUUUAGGUGGAAACAGAUAUUGGCCCGUUUUCUGUAAAAACCUCAACCAAUCCAAAGCAAGCCACUGCAGUUCAAAUUAUGAAAGAGUUAGCUAGGGAAAUUCGUCUGAGUUUCAAGCAAAUGGACUGCUUUGCCCUGUACGUCUACUCCGAGUCAUUGGGUUGGUUUUUUUUUUCAAAUCCAGGUUUUAAUAAUUACCUCGCUGAGAUCUUAUUUUAGAAUUGCAACUGCCAAAAGAUGCCGUUUUGAACGACUGUUUGAAUUUGCAAAAGUGGCACAGUAAUCUGAGAAAAGUGAGUUCCUCGUUUCAAGAGCGAUACAUUUGCAAAUUUUUUUUCAGUUCUGUGGUCAAGCGAAAGAAGAACAGCCUAGGUUGAAAUUUCGGCGAAAUGCUCAUGCUACAGUGAGCAAUGAAUUGGAUGCGGUAAGUUCUAGGGGGACCUUUUUUAGAAGGUACUGGGGAGAUUUUUAGUGGCCACUAUAGGGUUUUUAUGUUUUAGUGGCCACUAUAGUAGUCAAAUUAGUGGCCAAUUGAGGGGUUAAAAGUUAGUGGCCACUAUAGAGGUCUAAGUCCUACUACUAGACCACUAAAAAUUUUAGUGGCCACUUUAGGGGUCAAUGGAUCAACAUAACUGGUCCAACCUGUUUGUUUAAAAAAUCAUCAAAGUUACUGGAAGAAAUACUGGAUGAAAAACUACUGAAGUGGCCACUAAAAAGGCAAAUAGUGGCCACUUUAGUGUCCUCUCCAAGUAGUUCUCUAUAGUGGCCACUAAAAGUUUUCCCAGGGUAUUAAUGUGAUGAAAGACGAUGAAUGUAUUAAAAUAUGAUACUGCUGAGAAAUAAUCUACUGAAUUUUUUUCUAUCAAGAAAAAAAUCAAAAUUAAAAUCACCCACCCCUAAGAUUCUAAGCAGCGCCUCUCAGGCAUAGCAAGUCUUUUAAGCACCGCCUAAAAAGUUUAAACAGCGCCCAAAAUUUUCAUGACGUUUACCUCCAUUUUCAUUCCUUCUUUUGAAUGAAACAAGAUUUUGUGUACAGAAAAAAUUUAUGUUGUUUUAAAAUCAGAAAAAUACAUUUUUAUGGAUAACUUUACCAGAAGUACAAACAAGUUUGAAGAUAGUUCUUCCAAAAACGAAAUAUAAAUUUACAUGAUUCACAGGACCGGGAUUCUUUGUGA